AUGGCCAUCACGGCCUGUGAGGAGGGGUGUACAUCACACUCGGAUGAAGUCCACAACGCCAUACAAACCCUUAAAGCAUACGGAUCAGUCCAAGGCCACUGGACCACCGCCAGCAACUGGGGCCAGGAACAUAGUGCUUGGACACUGGUACCAGCCGUGCCUCCAGAGCCGGGCACCCUAUCCUGGCCUAUUGAGGUUCCGGGCCAGGGGCUUGGCCGCAUGCCAGCACCUCAAGUUAUGCAGAAUGAGGAGCUUCUGGCAGUCUUUGUCAACUUUCUAUCACAAUUCACCGCCUCGCUGGAUGGAAAGCCAGACGCCUCAAAUCCGUACAUCAAAUACUACGUUCCAUACUGCAUCAACUCACAGCUGCUGGCACAUGUCGCCAUCUAUUCCGCGGCGUGCUUCCUCACCGACACAGGCCAUGUCGAGAGAACAGUUGCCAUGGCCCACAAAGGGCAUGUAAUCAAGCUUCUGAACGAACACAUCCGAUCACAACUCUCGCCAAGCGAUGAGGUUAUAGCUGGCGUGCUUCAGAUCACCCUAGACGAAUGGCUUUGGGGGAAUAUCAACGACCUACGAGCUCAUCUGCGCGGGCUCCGGGACAUGAUAAAAUCCCGCGGAGGAUUCCGCACACUCGGUUUAAAUGGGCUCAUAAGCAAGCUUGCGAUAUCCGCCGACAUUGCCAUAGCCCUCUCUUUUGAGGCCCUGCCGUUCCUGCGAGGCAGCCCCGAGUUCGAGUUCCGCGACAGCUCGCAAAUACCGCUCCGGCUUGCCCUCAACACGCCCUUGAUCCCCACCCUAGUGCGGUUUUCCUCGUGCGCCAGCGCGCUUCACAUCCAUCCUGCUGUUGCCUCCAUCCUCGACGACAUGCGAUUCCUCCUUGCGGCAGUUCUCGCGCUCCCCGCAAAGCCGUCCGCCAAGGAACUCCAGAAGGUACACACUACGUCGGCCUGGAUCCACGAGCGCAUAUCGGGUCUCCCGGAACACUCUCCAACCACGCGGCGGCCCUCGGCAGCGAGCUCAACGCCCAGCAGGGGUUCCUCGACCAUACCGGAAGCCUGCGAAGACCCACAACUGCCCCCAUCACGCCGCGGUCAGCCUCAGACCGAACGCCAGCAUUCCCAAAAGCCACGCCGGUCACCAACACAGGAACGCUCCCCCGAUAUCAACACGCCCUCGCCCCUCUUUCCCCCCACCGUGGACGCAGAUAGCCCUUCCCCGGACCACGUCUACCAAGCCGUCCGGCUCGCCGCCCUCCUCUAUAGCCGCGGCAUCAUGCACCGCCGUCCCUUUAGCCUCGUCGUCACCUCGGACGAGUUCCUCCGGCUCUGGACGACCGCGUGGCGCGUACCACUCUCGACGUGGCGGUCCUUGCUGGGCGUGUUCAACUGGGUGCUCUUGCCCAUCGUGUCGAGCGGGAAGGCCGCCCAGCCGCACGACCGGUUCGUCAAGGGCAUGAUGAACAUUAGCCUCUUCCAGAUGGGCAUGGAUAACUGGGAGCUUGCUAGCUCUGUCAUGGAGGCAGAGCUGAGCCUGCAGCGGUGGUUAGGGGGGGAGUCGGUAAGUUCGUCAGAAAUGGGGGGCGAUGCGGGUGAGGGGACCAAAAGGGGCCAGUGGCGGGAGGAAGGUGGCAGUCCUCGUGAAGGGAUGGGCACCAAUGGGGGCGGAGGGUUUGGAAGCAGGAUGAUCUUCGGAAGAGAGGAGACGUCAACGUAG